AGUGAUUUCUCGGUUAUUUGUCGGACAUAAACAUAGAUCCCGCACAGCCACCGAGCCGGCGGUUAGGCGUCUACUACCGUCAUAACACGUUUCACCACGUUCAUCUCCACGGCGCAUGUCACAGAAGGCUUUGCCACUCGUGUUCGUAUUUUUGAACCGCUGAAAAUUCGAUCUGUGCUUGACGAAGGCUCACCCGACGAUAUUUCAUGUCCCGGGUCGCUUUGGAGAGCAUCCCUGCUCUUACAUUCUACAAGGACUCGCUUACAGCGGCGCGGCGAACCAGUCCCAUUGCACAGCUAGUUUGCAUUGGGAAAGCAUGCGCUUUGUACCAACCGGAUGUCGUGCGCUGCAGUAACAUUGGAGGAUCGGGUACAGAUGUUGACUGGAAGUGUGAGGCAGACCUACCGUCUUCCUUACGUUUUGGUCGAGUUGAGGUGUCUUGCGAGGGAUGGUAUGGUCCCGGUGACCCAUAUGUCAUGAAAGGGUCCUGUUCCUUGGAAUAUAAUCUCGUUCAAAUACCUGAUGCACUCCGCGAUGACUCAAGCUGGUAUAACGGUCCACGUCUCGGAGACCUUGAUAAGUCCGGGCUCUUCUUCAUGCUCGUAUGGAUCAUAGUCCUCGCCUUCAUAGCCUACAGCUUUAUCCAACCUUGCCUGCGCCGCAACACGUCAGCCACAGAGUAUGCAAGCCGCACCGCACCUCCCUCAUAUCCUGGCGGUGGGUCUGGGUCAGGAUUUUUCCCGGGCUCCUAUCACACCAGCCCACCCCCGCCAUACACCAAAGAUGCCAGUUCAGGCUCUCCGAAUGACGGCACGCAGUGGCAGCCAGGAUUCUGGACUGGCGCUGCGCUUGGGGCAUUGGGAAACCAUCUUUUGAAUCGCAACCCGGCGCAGCCUCGGGAGUACGACUGGGAACGAGAGAGGCGCUCGCCGUUUAGUAGCUCGAGGAGCAGACCCGUGCCCAGUUAUGAUAACCAGGACAGAGGAGAGGGGUCAUCCAACUUGGGCGCCAUGAGGACUAGUACGGGAUAUGGCGGUUCGAGUAGUAGGUGAUAAAAGGUCACAUUCACAAUGUACAGACUAAUUGUACAGAUAUACUAUAUAUGAAAGUGACGGGAGUCAAACCCCUUCAACAACAUUCUCCAGUUCCCCA